CAAUUGCUCUCACAUGGGCAACAGAACACAGGCUAGCAGCUUCGGGAUCCACUGUUGAUGCACGUAUGAAGAAUCUGUCGGAGCCUCGUGCCAUAAUUCUACUGUCCGUCUUCAUCCUGGCGGCCUCACUGAUCCCCACGAUCUCUUCACGGCUCACCCAGCUGGCCCGUCACAUAACUAACCGAGCAUCCUCCUCCACGUUCUCGGCCAUGUCAUCAAACUACGCUCACGAGCUCGACAUUGCUCUCCUCGCUGUUCAAAGAGCGGCGAUUCUGACCAAGAACGUGUUCCACACCACGGCCAAAGGCACCGUCUCAAAAUCGGAUGCCUCGCCUGUGACGGUGGGCGACUUCGGAGCGCAGGCAUUGAUCAUCGCGGCGUUGAAGCACAACUUUCCCUCGGACGAGAUCGUGGCCGAGGAGGAAGCUUCGGAUCUGCGCGAGAACUCUGCGCUGAGGGACCAGAUAUGGGAGUAUGUCAAGGCGACCAAACUUGACGACGCCGAGGCGGAAAAGAGUCUGGGAGGCUCGAUCGAGAAUGUGGAUAAGAUGCUCGACAUCAUUGAUCAAGGAAACAGCCCCGGGGGCAGGAAAGGUCGGAUCUGGGCCAUCGAUCCCAUCGACGGCACAAAGGGCUUUCUGCGGGGCGGCCAGUACGCAGUGUGUCUGGCGCUUAUGGUCGACGGGAAAGUGAAGGUGGGCGUUCUGGGUUGCCCGAACUUGCCAGUCGACGACAACGCGCGGAUAGAUGCCAGCAUUGGAAAAGAUCAGACCGACGACGAGGGCAAGGGAGUUCUAAUAUCUGCCGUACAGGGGCAGGGCGCGACGAGUCGGCCGCUCACCAAGGCGGGCCUGGCAGAGGCACACCCGAUCAUGAUGAAGCCGCUCACGGAUCUGUCCCAGGCGGCUUUCUGCGAGUCUGUUGAGGCGGGUCACUCAAACCAGACAGAGCAGGCUGAGAUCGCGAGGCGCUGCGGCAUCGCGCAGGAGUCUGUACGCAUGGACUCGCAGGCGAAAUACGCCUCCAUCGCGAGAGGAGCAGGAGACAUAUACCUACGGCUGCCGGCGAAAAAAGGAUAUCAGGAGAAGAUCUGGGAUCACGCCGCCGGAACGUUGAUCGUUGCCGAGGCCGGAGGCAAAGUGACGGAUUCUGAGGGUAAUGCGCAUGACUUCGGCCUUGGGAGGACGCUGGGCGAGAACAAGGGCUUUGUUGCUGCGAAUAAGAACGUGCACGAUAAGCUUCUGAAGGUUGUUCAAGAAGUCCUGGGCGUGUCGAAAUCCUAGAGCCCGUCUAGCAGCGUGUGUUGCUCGCGUCAGCUCAUAACUUGACUUCUACAACAAAAUCGACGACAGAUAUCAUGCGCGUGCCAGACUUUCGUCUUUUCCUCUAUUCCUUAUUUCUGAUUAGCCACUACUCUCCCAAGAUUCUUACCAUACGGCCACUCUCAACAGGGUACUGUACACCUUGCGACAUCCGGCCUAACAUUUUAGCAUUGACACUCUUGGAGCGCACGCACAAGACCAUCGGAAUAUUUGUCCACAGACAGCUUGCAAAAGACACGUUGGGGUUGAGGAUUGCAUGUGGCCUUUCUCGUUAACCACAAUCCGCAUUCGUCUUUGCUCGUUCCGGGCUUAGCUGGAUGAUUCAACUCGGCUCAAGAUUCCUGGUCUGGACGUCACGUCAUAUGGCAAGUGUCC